AUGGAAACCGGUGAAGAGGAACUGGUAGAAAAAUGUCAUGCAACGGGAGCAAACUUUGGCCUCGAUAUGGAUAAUUUCAUCAUGACUGAAGAAAAUUUCGGUUGUGCAGUGCCUGUAGAACCAGUUGAUGCAUGCAAAAAAAUUCACGUUCCUGAGAAAAGAAUUACUUGCAAUAAUCCAUUUGCAAUUGUGUCACGUAGCCCUAGGAGUCAUCAAUGUGCAUUUUCCGAGCAGGCUUAUAAUGUUCAAGAUUCAUCAAUUUUUUUCAAAGCCGUCAUUUUUUAUAAUUAUCCGGGAGCUGAUCCCAUACCGAUGCGCGGGGCAAAUCUUAGCGAUCAAAUCCGGUUGCCAGUUCUAAUGGCGUCAUUCAAAUGUAUGGAGGAAGUUCUCAACACAUUCCCAGCUUCAAAAGGAUUUCGAAUCCGCAUAAAACUUGAUCCUGGCUUCGUCGAGCUUUUCCGCUACUUAAUACCGUUCAUAGUUGUGAUUUUCUUCUGCUUCGCAUUGUUCCUUAUAACUUUGUGUAUUCGCGGAUGCGUGGAACGAAGGAAAAUGAACAAGCGGAGACUCUCAAAGCGAAAUUUAAAGAAGAUUCCCGUCAAAAAGUACCGUAUUGGCGACGAGCCUGACACUUGUGCAAUUUGUUUGGAAGACUUUUCUCAUGGGGAGAAACUGCGGCAUCUACCCUGUCGUCAUGUUUUUCACUGCAAGUGCAUAGACGUUUGGCUAACGCAAACCAGAAAAGUUUGCCCAUUAUGCAAACGAAAAAUCGGAGGCAGUUCGGAUAGUGAAGGCUCAAUAGAUGAUAACACCGCCAACAAUGAUAAUGGAAAUCGGCCGCUUUCUUUGGCGCAGGGUUCUUCCCAAGUUGGAUCUACUGAGUUCUGGAGCUCGCAAGAAGCACUUGUGGAACGCGACUUAGUGUUCCAUGAGCCACCACCUCCACCACGAGGUUUCUGGAAGAAUUUUGUUGCCAGACUAAAGGGACAGACUCACGAUGAUGCUUCUGUUUCAUUAGAAACUGGAGUAGGUCGUGAGAAUAAUGCAUAUAAUCAGAAUCAAGUGGCAGUCAAUACCAACGAUAAUGAUCAAUUGUUGGAAAAUGAAGUACCCACCUCAUCAAGUCCAGUCUCAGAAGAGUCAACGAGCACUGCUCACUCAUCACUCACAACUGAAGACGAACCUGAACCAAAAACCGAAGACGUUUAG